ACGUUAUCCUUUACCCAUACAUGGUAAAAUAAUUUUGAAAAUCAUGAAAAUUAUUGCAGACGAUGGAACGGAGCAAGGAGUGUCGGCCAGGCCACGACGAAUGUCCGAAUUCAACAUGGCCACGAAGAAACAACCGAUUCCAGCCGGCUCGGCUUUCUUCAUUUUCUCCCAAACGAAUAGAAUUCGAAUAUUCUGCCAUUGGCUAUGCAAUCACAGCUACUUCGGCAACGUGAUCCUCGUGUGCAUCAUGAUAUCUUCGGCUAUGCUAGCGGCCGAAGAUCCUUUACGCGCCACCUCUUCUAGAAACUUGGUUCUCCAGAAGUUCGACUAUUUCUUCACCACUGUAUUCACGAUCGAGAUCUGUUUAAAGAUGAUCUCUUACGGUUUCAUCAUACACGAGGGUGCAUUCUGUCGAUCGGCGUUCAACCUGCUCGAUCUUUUGGUCGUGUGCUCCUCUCUGAUCUCUAUGUCUUUCAGCUCCGGGGCAUUUUCCGUCGUCAAAGUUCUUCGCGUGUUACGCGUGUUGAGGCCUCUACGCGCCAUCAAUCGUGCCAAAGGAUUGAAGGUAUCUUUCUUUUCCUCUUGCGUUUACAUAAAAACGGACGAACCUGGAUAAUAUUAUAUGUUUAUU